AUGACCACUCUACGGGAAACCUCCCGAAUAACUCGGGCUAUCUGCAGGCAGCGCUCGCCGUGGCAAUUGACUCCUCUUGUCGCCCAUCGAUGCGCAUCCACCAGUGCCGCGAAGGCUGAGCUGUCCGACCUUGAGCGCGGCUCGUCCCUAGCCGCGCCGGGUCCCGACGAUGCUGCCGUGCAAGCUUUCAACACGGCGAAGCGUACAUCCGAAAGACCGCAGCAGCUUCCCGGAAACAGAUACCAGUACCACCCCCCCAAGUUCGAUAGAGGCCCUCUGCACCCGAUUCAAUCACCGCCUUCCACCGACCCCACGGCAAGAGAUUUCGUCCCCGGACCGUUCAACAUCCCGCGCCUGCGCCAAACCUACGAUGCGGCCGUCGCCUCCGACCUCCUCACACUCACCUACCUCCACAAGCCCCCCGGAACACCAGAACGCGAGGUGCGGGAGCGGUUAAGGGCGUGGGAUGACUCCUCGCCGUACAACAAGAACCGUCCCCUCCGUGGCCCCAGAGGUGGAAGCAAGCUCGACGUGCUGGAGAAGAACAUUGACUGGCGCCGCAUCCCCGAGAUUAAGGCCGUCUCGCUGCACGCCUUCAUGCCCGCCUCGGCCAAGGUGCCCGGAAUGCUGCAGGUCGCCCGCUCUGUCAUUCAGUCCAUCAGCGGCAACUGCCCUGAAGUCACCAAAACCAAGAACAACGUAGUUCAGUGGAAGAUCCGCGAGGGCGACAAGUCCGGUGUCAAGACGACCAUGUACGGCUACCAGGCGCACGAGUUCCUCGACAAGUUGAUCAACAUCGUCCUGCCCAAGAUCAAGGACUGGCCGGGUGUCAACGCUAGUACAGGUGAUGGUAACGGUGGCCUGGCCUUCGGCCUGAAGGCCGAUGACCUGGCUUGGUUUCCCGAGCUCCAGAUCAACUACGACAUGUACCCUGCCAAGCUCCUUCCAGGCUGCCAUAUUUUCAUCCAGACCACUGCGACAUCGAAUCGCCAGGCCAGGCUCCUACUUCAGUCUCUUGGCCUUCCCUUUUACGGAAAGUUCAAGGAUUAA